CGUGCCCUAGCGAAGUGACAAGGGAAGGCGAAAUAGGAAGGCGGGUGUUUCCUCCAGAUCUACUAAUAAUCAGUAGAGUAGAGUAGAGCAGAGUAGUCAGCAGCGGGGAGAGAAGAGUGGGAGAAUCCAGACAAAACGCUCUCUUUUAUUUUCUCACUUUCUCUUGCACUCUCUCUCUCCACGUACAUCUGCAGAAGUAAAAUUGGAGUUAUUCAUGGCCAUGGCGAUUCCAGCGGCAUUGGUGGUGGUUCCUCUGGGGCUCCUCUUCCUUCUCUCGGGUCUAAUUGUCAACCUCAUUCAGGCCGCAUGCUUUGUGACGAUUCGCCCUUUAUCCAAGAGCGUGUACAGGAGGAUCAACAGAGUUGUGGUUCAACUGUUGUGGCUCCAGCUUGUUUGGCUUGUUGAUUGGUGGGCAGGCGUUGAGAUCAGAUUUUAUGCAGAUUCAGAAGAUCAUGAGUUAUUGAGGAAUAGCUUAGGUAAAGAACAUGCACUUGUCAUUUCUAAUCACAGAAGCGACAUUGAUUGGCUUGUUGGAUGGAUUUUUGCUCAGCGGGCAGGGUGCCUUGGCAGCACAUUGGCAGUAAUGAAGAAAUCUUCAAAAUUCCUUCCUGUUAUUGGCUGGUCAAUGUGGUUUACUGAAUAUCUUUUUCUGGAAAGAAAUUGGGCUAAGGAUGAAGGAACAUUAAAGUCAGGGCUGCAAAGGUUGCGGGACUUUCCCAGGCCAUUUUGGUUGGCACUUUUUGUUGAAGGAACACGCUUUACUCAGGCCAAGCUAUUAGCAGCUCAGGAAUAUGCAGCUUUGCAAGGGUUGCCAAUUCCUAGAAAUGUUCUGAUUCCUCGUACAAAGGGGUUUGUUUCUGCUGUUAGUAACAUGCGCCAAUUCGUUCCAGCUAUAUACGAUGUAACAGUAGCUAUACCUAAAGGUCGACCGUCACCGACAAUGCUUCGAAUUUUUAAAGCCCAACCUUCAGUUGUUCAUGUCCACAUGAAACGACAUGCAAUGAAUGAAUUGCCUGAAACAGAUGAUGAAAUUGCUCAAUGGUGCAAGGAUGUAUUCACAGCGAAGGAUGCUUUAUUGGACAAACAUCUAACUGAGGGCACCUUUGGCAAGGGAAACUAUAAAAGUGGUCGGCCCAAAAAAUCUUUACUGGUACGUGUGCUAUUAGUUCACUGGUGGCGUGACAGCGUUACCGAUUCAAUAAUAAAUCUAAGGACAUAUGCAUAGGUAUUGGAAUUAUCGUUACAUUUUGUUGAUAUCUAUCCGUAAGCUUGCACAUGUAGGAAACCUUUCUUUAUGCUUGCAGCAACUGUUGCAUGCAAAUGACCACAAAAAAGUGAGGUCAUUUACCAUGGAUUAGCCAAAUUUCUAGAAUUGCAGUCAACUUGACGGAAAUCCUCUGAAGCAGUGUAGACCUUGUUGGCAUAGUCAAAAUUUUCCUGAACUUUAAAUCUCUCUUUUCUAUGCUAGGCUGUUAUAUCUAAAUUUCAAAAUUUCCAUGCAUGACUUUCAAACCACAUUAUAAAUUUGGAUGUAGAAGGUAGAAACCUCUUUACUACAUAUUAAUUGUCCUCAUUAUAUGAUAGUAAAUUUGAAAUCCUGAGUCUGCUGGCACUUUGGUUUAGUCGGGGUGAAGGCCCUAAACUUAUCACUAGCUGCCUAUUCUUUUACUUUUUAUGAUGUUACAAAUACACUCUUCUUUUGUUUUCUUUACCUUAUUUUCUUUUUCCAAUUGUUGUCAUCACCUUUGUUGGGUUCAACAAAUAUGUAUGCUCUUUUCCUUAGAAAUCAGGGUUUUUAUAUGAAAACCAACUUAACUUUUGUCCAGAUUAAUACUUACCACCUUUAUUUUUUAUUUUGAUCAAAACCACACACACAUGUUUUUACAAGUUUGCAAUGUCACACCUUAAACACUAUCUAAGUCAAAAAAAUUUAAAAUACCCAUUUUACCCAUGAUCUUUGCAUCUCCUCCCCCUUUCCCUCUCCUCUCACCCUCCCCAUCCUUCACCUCCUUUCCCUCCCCUCUCCCCCUCGCUGUCCUCCGCUACCUUCUUCACCAUCUCCUCCACCUCUAGGAUUUCUCCACCAUAACCCAUUUUCUCCUCUCCUCCCCCUCCACCAAUGACCCCCUCCACAUCCUCCUCUCUCUCCUCGC